GACUGUCUUUCUUUACGUGCUUGGUUCUCUUUCCCUCUCCCCCCUAUUAUUCCUAGGUGAUGCCUCCUCGAGACCCAUAAAUUAGCUGGCCUGCAGGACGGGUCAAGGAAAUACUGAAAGGAGAAGAGCUUUGGAAAUAACAGCACAAGCCCAUUCCUGGGACACAUAUAGGAUGCGUGAUUUUUUUUUUUUUUCGAGACAGGGUUUCUCUGUGGUUUUGGAGCCUGUCCUGGAACUAGCUCUUGUAGACCAGACUGGUCUCGAACUCACAGAGAUCCACCUGCCUCUGCCUCCCGAGUGCUGGGAUUAAAGGCGUGCGCCACCACCGCCCGGCUUAGGAUGCGUGAUUUUAAAAAUCACCCCGUUGCCUAAGGUAAAGCCCCAUUACCUAUGUCGUCAACAUGGAGAAGCAGAUGUUAACAACUCAAGUCCUCUUUCCUGUCUUCAGUUCUCCUCUCUGGUCAUCAUCUUCUUCAGUCACAGCCUCCAGAAAUCCAAAGUCCCACAAGGACAUGAAGACAAAUGCUUCUUCCAACAGUCAUUUCUCCAGCUCCUCAGCAUCCACAAGCCGAGAUGUCCUGCCAGCAGAGCCAGCAGCAGUGCCAGCCUCCUCCCAAGUGCACCCCCAAGUGCCCUCCUAAGUGCCAGACACCAAAAUGCCCUCCUAAGUGUCCUCCUAAGUGCCCUCCUGUCUCUUCCUGCUGUGGUUCCAGUUCUGGAGGCUGCUGUGGUUCCAGUUCUGGGGGCUGCUGUGGUUCAAGCUCCGGGGGCUGCUGCAGCUCUGGCGGUGGAGGCUGCUGCCUGAGCCAUCACAGGCCCCGCAGAUCUCUCCGUCGCCAUCGUCAGAGCUCUGGAUGCUGUAGCAGUGGUGGCAGCAGUGGCUGCUGUGGCAGCAGUGGGGGCAGCAGUGGCUGCUGUGGCAGCAGUGGAUGCUGUAGCAGCGGGGGCAGCAGUGGCUGCUGUGGCAGCAGCGGUGGCAGUAGCCAGCAGUCUGGGGGCUGCUGCUGAACUGACCCUUUAAUACUUUAGUCAAGUCCUGCAGAGAGAAGCCAUGAUCAGAGAUCUGCCCUGACAUUUUGUUCUUCUCGCCUCCUGCUCCCCUCCGUGUCCUGAGCUCUGAGAUGCUGUA